AUGACUACGUUGGUGAGGUGCGUCCGCCAACCACCGCAGCAAACAACAGCGGCACCCGAUGACGCGACAGCACGCGCGAAAGCAAACUACAAGAUCGUGCAAGACCACGGCAACUUCAAGGAGAUCGAAUCCAAGAGACCUCGCGCGAGUAAGAAGCACCACGAGAUCGACCCCUACGCCGCAGACCGCCCCAUGAUCAACAACUACCGACUGCUGGUCUCAGGCAUCGCCCCGCGACCCAUCGGCUUCAUCAGCACGGUGUCCGCCGACGGCCAGACCGAGAACCUUGCCCCGUUCAGCUAUUUCCAGGCGAUGGACCAUGACCCGCCGAUGUUCAUGGUGGGGUUCUCGUCGCGACCGGGCCCGGUGAAAGACACGGGGGAGUGUGUGAUCAACACGGUGUCGGAGAACAUGAUCGAGGCAGUCAACGUGACGUCGAUUGACGCACCGUAUGGGGUAUCGGAGUGGAAGGUCUCGGGUUGCACCAGGCGGCGAGCUCGACGGUGA